AAGUUGGGGGAAUGCAAGAAAGAAAUCCAGAGGUAAAAUCAAGCGAACGGAGUGACUGACUGUUGGUUCAAUUUUGCAAUUAAUUAACAUUGAAGUUUCACAACUGAACUUUAUUUUCGGGGUUUUAAAUUGGUAUCAUCAAUCGGAUAAAAUGAUGUCUUUCACGAAGCUUGUUUUCCUGUUAACUGUAUGUUGCACUGCAAGAAGCAACUUUGGCUACAGACUAUACAAAAUAAACAAAAAUUAUUCUUGUAACAACGAGCUGCUUUCUGAAGCAAUGAAGGAUGAACCUCAAGAGAACGCCUCACUGAAGGAUGGACAGUUCGCCUACCUACCAACUGAUAUAUCUUCAUUUGCAGAAGAAAAAGAGAAAAGGACAUUGCCAUUUGCUCGAUAUAAGUAUCUCAACCGAACACAAUUGAAAAGAAAAAUGUAUCAGAAUAAUGCAAGGAACAAUCGUCGAACCAAGUUCACUCUGUCCCUAGAUGUGCCCACGAACAUUCUUAAUAUUCUUUUAAACAUUGCAAAAGCUAAAAGCAUGAGAGCAAAGGCAGCAGCAAAUGCUCGUCUGAUGGCACAAAUUGGUCGAAGAAAGUAGAUUUGUAAAUAUUUAAGUUUUAAGAUAUUUCCAUGUCAGCAUGAAACUGCAGUUGUAUGCUUAUGGCCAGAAUUUGUUAUCACUAAAAAAAAUCCAUUUGGCAGGUGACAGGAAAUGUUAGGUCCACUUUAUGAAUCUACAGAGAAUGAGAAAUUACACAGUAACCGGAAAGGUUUUGAUAAAUAUCAUAAACUUUCACCAUAAAAUUAACUCUUUGAUACAGUGGAUUAUUGAAGAGUAAGGUCAGGAAAUCAGGGCUUUUCAGAAAAGUUUGACUUUAUGGAAUUAGUCAAACUUAUUUCUGAAAACAUAUUAAUCAUACAGUAAUGUUAGGCCCUUUCAAUAG